AUGGCCAAGCUCGACAAGCGUGCCAAGCUCGCCGAGCUAAAAGCCCUCAGGAAGGCAGGGAAGAAGGUCUUCGACACGUACAAGGUCGAAGAAGCGCCUUCGCUAUACGAGGAGGUUGAUGAGGACGGAUACAAGAAGAUUGUCCGUGAGCGUCUCGACCAGGAUGACUUCGUCGUCGAUGACAACGGCGAGGGUUAUGCCGACGACGGUCGUGAGGAGUGGGACCGAGCCCCUCAGUAUUACUCGGAGAGUGAAGAUGAGAUGAUGACUCGUGGUCGACCUAGCAAAGCAGCCAAGAAGCAAAAAGAAGACGAGAAGGCGAAACGCGAUGCUAAUGACCGCGACAUUACCGAGUUCUUCACAAAGGGUGCUGCAAAAGCGCAGCCCAAGGUCAAGGUGGCCAAAACGAAAGAAGAUGACGAUUUCCUUGCCGGCCUUCUCGGCGAGGUAGACAGCAAUAUCCCAGCCCCAAUACCCCGCUCCGGGAAGCGAAACAGAUCUCCAGCGCAUCGAAAAGUUCGCGUCCUAUCCCCCGAGCCCGCAACGAAGAAGAAGAAGGUCAUCGACAACCGACUGCCAUCACCUGACCUGGAUGACGACGAUUUCAUUCCUCCUGUUGAUGACCCUCUCCCGUCCGACAUUCCCAUGAGCGACCCCGCGCCAUCAUCGCCCACUGUCAAAGUCGCCGAGCGAAAGGCCCAGAUUAAGGAGGAGCCGGUCAGUGACGACGAGGAUGACGAGGAGAUGAUGGAGGUUGCGCAUGUCGGCAGCGUGGCAACCACGAGCGUUAAUAUUGCUGGAUCGAAGCCAGUCAAGAAGGAUCUCAAGCACCCAGCUUACCCUUCGCCCGCGAGCUCUUCGCCUCCCGAGGCUGCUCAGGCUGCUGCCGCCACCGUCGACUCUUCCGCGUGGAAUGAGCUCAACGACAAGCUCAAUGUUGUCACGUCGUCCCCCCACCCCGCAACGCGGAUCGUGGGCAAGAUUGACCCUAAUGAUGCCGUCGAGGAGGACGGUAGUCUCAACAUGUUCUGGACCGACUACACCGAGGUGAGCGGUAGUCUCUGUCUCUUUGGCAAGGUCCUUAACAAGAAGACUUCCACCUAUGUCAGCUGCUUCGCUAAAGUUGACAAUAUUUACCGCAAGCUCUAUUUCCUGCCACGCAAAUUCCGGCUCGAGAAUGGUGUCGAGACCGACGAGGAGGUCGAAAUGAAGGAUGUGUUUGAGGAGGUUGAUGAAAUGAUGACCAAUAUGAAGGUACCGAUACACAAGAUCAAGGAGUGCAAGAGGAAAUAUGCUUUUGAGCUGCGAGAUGUGCCGAGGGAGGCCGAAUAUCUGAAGUUGUUCUACCCGUAUACGAGCUCCCAAAUUGACUCUAGUAGGGUGGGCAGGACAUAUUCGCAUGUGUUCGGUUCAAACACGGCACUUUUCGAACAGUUUGUGUUGUGGAAGAACAUCAUGGGCCCAUGCUGGCUCAAGAUCCAGGAUCCUGACUUCUCUACUCUCAAGAACGCCUCUCACUGCAAGCUAGAGGUUCAGAUUGACCACCCCAAGAUGAUUGCGCCUCUGAGUGAGGCGUUGAAUGUAGAGCCUCCACCGUUGACGCUGAUGAGUAUCGCUAUGCGCACUACCUUCAACGCGCGGGAAAAUAGGCAGGAGAUCCUAGCGUUGAGCGCUAGGAUCUACGAGGACGUCAGCUUGAAUGACACGACGCCGGCCGACCAAUUGCCUUGCAGGACUUUUACUCUCAUCCGACCUAAUGGCUCCGCAUUCCCCAUGGGUUUCGAAGCUCUCGCCAAGAGAAGGAAUAGGGGCCUCAUCAAGACUAUGAGGCAGGAGAAUGAGAUGCUCUCUUUCUUCCUUGCCCAGAUCGAUGUGGUCGACCCUGAUGUAAUCUUGGGCCAUCAGCUCGAGGGUGUCGACUAUAGCAUCCUCCUUAACCGCCUCCACGAGAAGAAGACGCACCAAUGGUCUCGUCUUGGCCGUCUCAGGCGGACCCAAUGGCCCUCUUCUAUCGGCAAAGUCGGCGGAAACGUCUUUGCUGAGCGCCAGGUUAUUGCCGGUCGUCUUCUCUGCGAUCUCGGCAACGAUGCCGGAAAGUCCAUCAUGUUCAAGUGUCAGUCUUGGAGCUUGACCGAGAUGUGCAGCCUCUACCUGCCGGGAAACAACCGCCGGAGAGACGUGGACAACGAGGUCGCGCUCAAGACCUGGGCUACCACUAGGGAGGGCUUGAUGGACUACGUUACUCACAUGGAAGCCGACACGUACUUCAUUGCCGCCCUGGCCCUGCAGGUCCAAAUGCUGCCGCUGACAAGGGUGUUGACUAACCUUGCCGGUAACUCCUGGGCGAGGACGCUUACCGGUACUCGAGCUGAGCGAAACGAGUACAUUUUGCUCCACGAGUUCCAUCGCAAUAAAUACAUCUGCCCUGAUAAGCAGAUCUUCAAAGGUCGCAUGAAGAUGGAGGAGGAGAACCAGGAAGGUGAUGGUGGGGAGAGCAAGAAGAAGGACAAGUACAAGGGCGGUUUGGUGUUCGACCCGGAAAAGGGCCUCUAUGACAAGUUUGUGCUUGUGAUGGAUUUCAACUCCCUAUAUCCCUCGAUUAUCCAAGAGUUCAACAUUUGCUUCACUACGGUGGAUCGAUCUGCUUUGCCCGAGGAUAAUCCCGAUGCCGUGCCCGAGGUUCCAAAAGAACAGGAACUCGGUGUCCUUCCCAGGCUCAUCUCCACGCUUGUUACCCGCCGACGUCAGGUUAAGUCUCUCAUGAAGGAUAAGAAUGCUACUCCCGAGCAGCUGGCCACCUGGGAUAUCAAGCAGCUUGCGCUCAAGCUCACGGCCAACUCCAUGUACGGUUGUUUGGGUUACUCCAAGUCACGAUUUUACGCUCGACCUCUCGCCAUCCUUACAACCUCCAAGGGACGUGAGAUUCUACGCAACACGAAGGAACUGGCAGAGGGUCAGUCGCUUCAAGUCAUCUACGGUGAUACCGACUCGGUCAUGAUCAACGCCAACGUGGACAACGUUGCCGACGCCCUCAAGGUCGGCAGGGAGUUCAAGAAGAUGGUCAACGAUCGGUAUAGGCUCUUGGAGAUCGACAUUGACAACAUCUUCCAGCGCAUCCUUUUGCAGGCCAAGAAGAAGUAUGCCGCCAUCAACUUGGUGGAGAAGGACGGCAAGUAUGUGCAGAAGAUGGAAGUGAAAGGUCUCGACAUGAAGCGUCGGGAGUACUGCGCUCUUUCCAAGGAAGUCUCGACCCGUGUCCUUAAUGAGAUUCUCUCUGGCGACGAGACAGAGGUGGCUGUGGGUCGUAUCCACGAAUACCUCCGAGAAAUCUCGGGCAAGAUGCGGGAAAAGGCGAUCCCCGUCGGCAAGUACAUCAUCUUCACGCAGCUCGGCAAGGCGCCGCAGGAGUAUCCCAACGCCGACUCCAUGCCGCAGGUGCAGGUGGCUCUCCGCGACAUCGCGCGAGGCAAGACCGUUCGCAAAGGUGACGUCAUUUCGUACAUCAUCACCGGCGACUCGGGCUCGUCCGAGCCGGCUCCCAAGCGUGCCUACGCGCCCGGCGACGUCACAAAGGCCGACUCGGGUCUUUCCCCGGACGUCGAGUGGUACAUCGGCAAACAGAUCUUCCCUCCCGUCGAGCGUCUCUGCGCCAACAUUGCCGGCACGUCCACAGCGCAACUCGCGGAGAACCUAGGUCUCGACAUCAAGCGCUACGCCACCAACAACGCAGUGAACCAGUCGUCGUUCAACGACAACGAGAUCCACCCACUCGAGUCCCAGAUUCCCGACCACGUGCGGUUCGCCGACUGCGAGCGCCUCUCGCUCCGCUGUCGCGCCUGUAAAGAAUCCAUGGUCUUUGAGGGCCUCGUGGGCUCGCCCGACCUCGUCACGCCCAAGGGAGUGGCGUGCGGCAAGUGCAAAGCCACGAUACCCGUCCUCUCCAUCGUGGCGCAGGUUGAGCACGCCGUGCGGCAACACACGUCGAGGUACUACGAGGGCUGGCUCGUCUGCGACGACGCGUCGUGCAGCGCGCGCACGCGGCAGAUUAGCGUCGAUGGCUCGCGGUGUCUCGGGCCCCGCGGUCUCGCCCGCGACUGCGUCGGCAAGAUGCGGUACGAGUACAGCGAGAAGGCCAUCUAUAACCAGCUUCUCUACUUUGCGUCGCUCUGGGACGUCGAUAAGGCGCGUUAUAUAGCUGAGGAUAAAUCGGCGGAGAUGCCGACGGGGGCUGAUCGGGACGAGGUGCUUGCGCGGGCAGAGCAGAACCGCAAGAGGUUUGGGACGGUUAAGGGGGUUGCUGAUGGGUACUUGAAGAAGUGUGGGAGGCAGUGGGUGGCGAUGGAUAGGCUUUUUGCGAAGCUGGGGGCUAUUUCUGGUACCUCGAAGGAGGCGGAAGUAGCUGUUUGA